AUGGUAACAGCGACUCCAUACACGUUCCUUGUGAUUGGAGAGACAGGAUCAGGGAAAUCUACGCUGAUCAACUAUCUGACAAACUACUUCAAUAACGGAUCACCUGAAGAACCCAAAAUCGCUAUUCCUACCAAACACUAUCAAGCGACAGAGGAGCAUCAUUCCUCGGAGUUGAAUCUUCACGAUGUAACAAAGAGUAAGUUUUGUUCAGUGUCUUCAGUUAACUUCGAUCUGGAAUCUCUCGAGCCAUGGACGAUUUCUGAAGACAAUGUAUUCUACAUGAAUAACUCUGCUGUUAGCAAACUGAGGAAAUCUUGA